AUGCAAAAGCCAAAAAAUAACAAACUUGUUUCUGUCUCUUCGGCAGAGAUGGUGGAGUCGAUGAAGAAAGUGGCGGGCAUGGACGUGGAGCUCACAGUAGAGGAGAGGAACCUACUAUCAGUGGCCUACAAGAACGUGAUCGGAGCUCGAAGAGCCUCUUGGAGGAUAAUCAGCAGUAUUGAACAGCGGGAAGAAAGCAAGGGUGGGGAAGAGAAACUGAAGAUGAUCCGGGAAUACAGGCAAACGGUUGAGAAGGAGCUCAAGUCCAUCUGCGGUGACAUUCUGGACGCACUGGAACGGCACCUUCUCCCCUCUGCCGUCAUGGGAGAGUCGAAGGUCUUCUACAACAAAAUGAAGGGCGACUACCACCGGUACCUGGCCGAGUUUGCCACCGGCAACAACAGGAAGGAGGCGGCGGAGAACAGCCUGGUGGCGUACAAAACCGCCACCGACCUGGCCAUGACGGAGCUGCCGCCCACACACCCCAUCCGCCUCGGCCUCGCCCUCAACUUCUCCGUCUUCUACUACGAGAUCCUCAACUCGCCCGACCGCGCCUGCAGGCUGGCCAAGGCUGCGUUUGACGACGCCAUCGCAGAGCUGGACACACUGAGCGAAGAAAGCUACAAGGACUCCACACUCAUCAUGCAGUUGUUACGCGACAACCUGACAUUAUGGACUUCAGAUAUGCAGGGAGAAGGUGAGAAUCCCAGUCACUGGCUCUUGUUCUCCGUCCCCCCCCCCCUUUUAGAGGCUUUCUCUGACCCCAGCAGAUAA